CUCGGCACGCUCCGGCCCCGCUCCCACAGGAGCCAUGACGCAGCAACCCCAGGAGGACUUCAACAGGAGUGUGGAAGACGCCCAGGCGUGGAUGAAGGCCGUGCAGGAACGGCUGCAGCUCAAUGACAACACCCAGGGGCCCCGAGCGGCCCUGGAGGCCAGGCUCCGAGAGACGGAGAAAAUCUGCCAGCUGGAGCCAGAGGGGCACGUGAAGGUGGACCUGGUGCUGCGGGCAGCUGAGGCCCUCCUGGCAGCUUGCCGCGAGGACCAGAAGCCAGAGAUCCUGGCCCAGCUGCGGGAUAUCAAAGCCCAGUGGGAAGAGACAGUCACUUACAUGACCCACUGCCACAGCCGCAUCGAAUGGGUGUGGCUGCACUGGAGAGAGUACCUGCUGGCCCGCGACGAGUUUUACCGCUGGUUCCAGAAGAUGAUGGUCACAUUGGAGCCCCGCGUGGAGCUGCAGCUGGGCCUGAAGGAGAAGCAGUGGCAGCUGAGCCACGCCCAGGUGCUGCUGCACAAUGCCCACAACCAGGCCGUGCUCGUGGACCGGCUGCUGGAGGAGGCCGCCUCCCUGUUCAACAGGAUCGGGGACCCCAGUGUGGACGAAGACGCCCAGAAGAGGAUGAAGGCGGAGUAUGACACCGUGAAGGCCAGAGCCCAGGACCGGGUGAACCUGCUGGCCCAGGUGGCCCAGGAACAUGAGCAGUACCAGGCAGGUGUGGAUGAGUUCCAGCUGUGGCUGAAGGCGGUGGUGGAGAAGGUGCACAGCUGCCUGGGGCGGGGCAGCACGCUCAGCACGAAGCUCCGCCUCUCUGCGAUGCAGGACAUCGCCAAGGAUUUUCCCAGGGGUGAGGAGUCUCUGAAGAGGCUGGAGGAGCAGGCCACGGGCGUCAUUCGGAACACCUCUCCUUUGGGCGCCGAGAAGAUCUCUGAUGAACUGGAGGAGAUGCGGAAGGUUCUGGAGAAGCUGCGGCUCCUCUGGGAGGAGGAGGAGGGGCGGCUGCAAGACCUGCUGCAGUCCAAGGGGGCCUGUGAGCAGCAGAUCCAGCGGCUGGAGGCCGAGCUUGGAGAGUUCCGGAAGGGCCUUCAGAGACUAGCCCGGGAGGGCCUGGAGCCCACGGCGGGGGCGACAACGGAGGAUGAGCUGGUUGCCCAGUGGAGGCUGCACUCGGCCACGCGGGCGGCGCUGGCCGCGAAGGAGCCCCGUGCAGACCGGCUACAGGCCCAGCUGAAAGAACUCGUCACCUUUCCUGACCUCCAGCCCCUCGCUGACAGUGUGGUGGCCGCUCUCCAGGAGUACCAGAGCAUGAAGGGGAAGAGCACCAGGCUCCAGAAUGCCACCAGGGCGGAGCUGUGGCAGCGUUUCCAGCGGCCCCUGCAUGGCCUGCAGCUGUGGAGGGCCCUGGCCCAGCGGCUCCUGGAUGUCACCGGCAGCCUGCCAGACCUGCCCUCCAUCCACACCUUUCUGCCCCAGAUCGAGGCAGCCCUGACAGAAAGCUCCCACCUCAAGGAGCAGCUGGCAAUGCUACAGCUCAAGACAGACCUGCUGGGCAGUAUGUUUGGCCAGGAGAGAGCUGCCGCCCUCCUGGAGCAGGUGGCAGGUUCCGUGAGGGACCGAGAGCUGCUGCACAACAGCCUUCUGCAGAGAAAGAGCAAGCUUCAGAGCUUGCUGGCUCAGCACAAGGACUUUGGGACUGCUUUCGAACCCCUGCAGAGGAAGCUCCUGGAUCUCCAGGUCAGGAUCCAAGCUGAGAAAGGAUUUCAACGGGACCUCCCUGGAAAGCAGACCCAGCUCCUGAGGUUACAGGGCCUGCAAGAAGAGGGCCUGGAUCUGAGGGCGCAGAUUGAAGCUGUGAGGCCCCUUGUCCAGGGAAACCCCAACAACCAGCACAAAGUGGACCAACUUUCCUCUGAUCACCAGGCCCUGCAGAGGUCCCUGGAGGACCUUGUGGACAGGUGUCAGCAAAGCGUGCGGGAGCACUGCACCUUCAGGCACCGGCUGCUGGAUCUGCAGCAGUGGGUCACCACCGCCACCCAGAAGCUGGAGUCACACCAGGAAGAAGCGGGUCCCUGGGAUGCUGAGUCGCAAGAGGCUGAGAUCGAGAGACUGCUGGCUGAGAUUGCAGAGAAGGAGGUCCACCUGCCGCUGCUGGAAGCCCUGGGCCAGGUGGUGAUGGCAAAGUCUACUCCGGAGGGGGCGGCUGUGGUCCAGGAGGACCUGAGGGCACUGGCACAGUCCUGGCAGGCCUUGAAGCUGCUGGAGGAGAGCCUGCUGAGCCUCAUCAGAAGCUGGCAGCCUCAGAGGACAGACGUGGAUUCUGGGAAGAAGCUUGUUUUCACUAACAAUAUCCCCAAGUCUGGCUUUCUCAUUAACCCUGUGGAUCCUCUUCCCAGACGACGGCAUAGGGGAAACCUACUGGAAGAAGAAGCCGGUCCCCAGGGAGAUUUCUCCCAGCUUCUAAGGAACUUCGAGCAGUGGCUACAGGUGGAAAAUUCUAAGCUGGCUAGAGUCCUCGCGACGAGGACGGUCUCAGCCGAGGACAGGAGGACCGGAGAGACAGCCCUGCAGGAACUGGAGGCGCGGAUCCCGGAAGGUCAGCACCUCUUCGAGAACCUCCUUCACCUCAGGCCAGCCAGGCGCCCCUCCGAUGGGCUGGAAGACCUGCGUUACCGCUGGAUGCUGUAUAAAUCCAAGCUCAAGGACUCUGGCCACCUGCUGAUGCAGAGUUCUCCAGGGGAGCAGACUGGGCGCCAAAAGAGCCGGCGGCGGUGGCGGGGUCCCUGCUCACUCCUGCGCAAGGCGUGCCGCGUGGCGCUGCCCCUGCAGCUGCUCCUGCUGCUGCUGCUGCUGCUGCUCUUCCUGCUGCCCGCGGGCCGGGAGGAGCGCAGCUGCGCGCUGGCCAACAACUUCGCCCGCUCCUUCGCGCUCAUGCUCCGCUACAACGGCCCUCCGCCCACCUAGCCCGCUGGGCCAGCCAGGUGACCCGCAUGCUUCUCCCGAGACUGUCUGCUGGGGAGACUGGACCCCACGGGCCAGAGAUCCAGAGCUGCUUCCGCACAGAUGCUGCACUUGUUCCUGGAACAAACUUGCUUUUCUACAUUGUUUCUAUUUAUACUCAGUGUACUAAUGUACAGACUUUUUUAUACGCCAUGUACGGACAUGCUCGGUGGGGAGAGCUUCCUAGGUGCUGCCUAGCGGUGGGGGCAACCCCAGCAGUGUUUUUCUCUAGCGGAACUUCAUGGCACUUUGAGGCCUUGGCCUACGGUCAGUUCUGGACGUCACGGAUCGGAGGCGGCGACCCUCACGCCCUGUGUUACCGCAAAGGCCUCUGGGCCUGAGUGCGGGUGAGCAGAGCGGGCCCCGCUCAGCCCGGGGCUCUUGUGGCCCUGGAGCAGAAGUCAAAGGGUGACCGGAGGCAGGCGUGGUGAUAGUGACGUGGCGAAUGACAGAGGGAUACCAAGGGAGCGGCCAGUGGAGGAGCUGGGAGAGGGGCAACUGGAAAGGCACCAGCGAGCGGCGCUGCGUGCCGGAGCCUCGCUGCCUCUGAUAGCACACGUGUGAGGGCCUUCGGGAAGGGCUGGACUUCACGUGUUUCAGGGAGAAAGAAAGAGGAGAGGGACUGGAUUUUUAAUUUUUUUUUUAAAAAAAUUUAUUUAUUUAUUAGAGCCAGCAACAGGGAGAAAGAGAGAAAGAGAAGAGAGA